ACCUUGUCCCUUGAUUAGACAGUUUUAAGUUUCUAUUUGCAUAUUACUUAUUAGUUAUUAUUCAAUAACUUAUGUUCAAAAAACGUUUUAGGUAUGUUUUAUUUAAAUAAGCUGAUAAAGUUUUUUUUAUCUUUUAUAGAAGUUUCAUGUUUUUGAGUAUUAUUAAUACUGACAUAAAGAAGAUAUUAAGUAGUAUAGGAAAAAAAAAUGGAUCUAAAAAAUGCUCCUCCUAUGGAAGAACGCCAACUAGUUACUUAUAUAAACCAUUUUAUUACAUCCACUGUGACAUUUUUAAAUAACUUUAUGGUUCACUGUGAUGGCAAAUUAAUUGAAACAGAACAACGGUUACAAAAAGUGACAGCAUCACUUUGUAUUUUAGAAACAAAACUGAAUUCUGUUCCGGAACUAAAUCUAAAAGAAAAACAACAAUGUUUGACGAAUAAAACUAUAAAUACCCAGAUUGAAAAUAAUCAAGCUACAUCUGAGGUUAAAGAAAAUUCAACAAAGAAUUCAAAUGAACAAAAAUUAGAUACACAAGUAGUUACUGAGACUGUUGAGAGACAAGAUUCUACUAUUGAGGUAGAAGGUUCUGAAACACACAAUUUUAGUGCUGAUCCAAGCAUAUUAAAAUAUCGCAAAAUGCUACAAGUUGGAGUACCAAGAGGUGCUGUUGAAUUAAAAAUGACACAUAGUGGAUUGGAUCCAAAACUAUUAUAAUACUAAUUAUUAUUGUUAGUUAUUAAUUAUUUAUUAUAUAUUUAUAAAAAAAUUUAAAUGUUUAUCUUUGUAAUUAGGGCUCCUUAUAACUAGUUUUUAUAUUUAUUUGUAUUUAAAAUAAGUGUUGCAGACAUCUAUAUAUUGUUUAUUUUUAUUAUCUGUUUAUAAAAGGAUGUACUAAUGUAUUCUUUUGAUUGCAAUUUGUACAAUUGUUAAGAUUGUGUGUUUCAUAAAGGCAUGUAAUCAUAAAU